AAUGAUUUAAAAGUUAUCCUGAAUGUGUUGGCGGUUUUGAUAAGCUACUUUCUCCUUUCUAUGUAGAUUUUGUACACAUAAUAUAUAAUCCUUGACUUUACUAAAAAUACAUAUGCCUAAUUUUGUGCUCGUUUAGCAACGUUGAGAACCUAUCGUCUCUGUGGUAAAAGGGGUGCACUUCUAAAAGAGAAAAUGAUCAGCUUGAUUUUGGAGCCCCAUCACCCACAAACGGCUGCUUCUUAUUUGGAGCAAGCUGUUCCAGAAGUUUAUCUCUAAAGGGCAAACCAUUCAAGUGCUAUUUGGAUCCAAAUUUCUGAGGAAGGAAAGAAGGAAGCAGUGAGCUCUGAAGAUAGAGCCUGAGUUCCGUAGCGCCUGGCGAAGAGGACCAAGAAAGAUGAUGUGCCGAGCAGCCCUCCGGAGCUGCAGCCUGCGGAAGGACCCCGGGCGCAUCGCCGGGGACCCUUUCCCAGCCUGGGGGGUUCUUCCUCUAACACCAGGCUGUGCCCUAUCUGGCUGGGAGAAGAGGAGGGCAGCAAAGCAAACCCCGCCCUCCGGGGCACUUCAACUUGUAAAUCCCCUGCCUUCCUUUACAGACCUCUGGACAAGCUAAAACAACCGUCAGCCUUGAAAGAGGGAAAAUCCUAGUGGGAAUUUAUGUAAAUAUGGCCAGUUACAGGAAAAAGGAAAAAGCAAAGCAUGAUUUGGGGUAUUUUUGGCUUCAGAAAGAAAACCCCGAGUACAGACGGAAACCGGUGCGCCAAGUUCCCUUCUAGCUCAGAGCGCGCGCUCAGGCGUAGCCGUGUCUUCACCAGAAAUCGCUGUCCUCGGGGCCCGCCGUCACCCCCCGCCCCCACUGGCCCUGCGGAUGCCCGGUUCUGAGCAGGUCUGGAGGACGCUGGAGGCCACAGCGAUCACCACGGCCAGUCCAGCUCAGCGCGGUGUCACACCAGGGACUAAAGAGGUCUCGUAGAUCAAACCUCGCUCCGGCCCCCACCGCCCACCCGGGGUGCUUUUGACGGUGUUCCCCCGCUGUGUCCCUCAGCUUGCCCACCCAAGUCUGGGGGCCUCAAGCUUGUUCCUAGUGGCUGUGUCCGCUCGGUUUGGUUCACUUUUGAGCCCCGAGGGCCUCCCAUGGGCUGGCAUACGGUGAUCACGCUGUCAAGAGCGGUGGAAAGAAAGGAGGGAGAGGGGACAGAGAGGGGAUGGGGACUCUGUGGUCUCUGAUUCUGCCCCUGGACCCGCGAUGCUUCCUGUCAACGAUGCAACACUGCGCACGCAGGCUGCUGGCGCGCGCUCACCACGGCGCCUCCACGAGGAUUUGGCCCACUGUGCAUCCUCCUCCCCGAGGUCAGGCACUCCCCAGGGCAAAUCCUCGCUCCUCGGCCCGGGACGGACGCGGAGAGGCCAAGCUCGGGCCAGGGGGGCGCUGGGGCUCGGUCGCGGCGGGCGAUUGCAGCCCUGCUCUCUCCGUUUGGCAGUCAUCCUCGGAGUCGGCGCGCCCGGUCGCGGCCUCACUGGGUUAAUCCGUCUCGACUCCGCAGAUCCAGGCACAGCGACCUUGGCUAGGAGUGGGGGAGGAAACACGCCGCUCUGGCCUGGAGCUGCCCCUUCCCACCCAAAUGUUCCCCCCUGGGGCUCCUGGACACCUCCCCAAGGUCGCUCUUUUAGGAAUACACUGCAAGCCACAGUUGGCCCGGGCUCUGUGACUUGGCGACUCUGCAGAUCCUCCCUUCUGGGUUGGGACUUCCCCGCGGCAGGCGGGAGCUCCCAGUUCAGAGGGCCACGGUCCGCAGCGCGGCGGGUCCCGGGUCCCUUCAGUGGACUCCACCUCCCUUGCAUCCGCUUGCCCUCCGUGCCCUGUGCACCCCGUGGAUUCCCCGGCCUUCAAGUCGGGACUGGGAUUGGCCCGGGAGCCCAGACUCCCGGGGAGGUGAAAAAAUGGUCUCGGUGGCUCCGACGAGGAGAAACUCCCUCGACCCUGGCCCGGAGGCCUGACGCCCUGGGCAGCGGCCGGCCUUGGGGGCUUGGAUGUUCCCGACGCGGGAAACUGGCUCAGCCGCGGCGUUCCCUGACCCCCACCUUCGCCCUCAUCCCCGGAGCCGGCGGACGGGAGGGGCGGGCCCACCCGCCCUGCGCAACACCGGCGUUCCGGUUGUUUAGUUAUUGUUUCUGGUUCUCCUGCGAGUGCAUUUCUCAGCUCCGGGGAAAGGAGCCGGGUGUAUUGUCCCCACGGUGCGGAGAAAAUCCUUGCUUUGCUCUUAACUUUUGCCGGGAACCGGCUCCGGGCAGGGGACCCUGGGGCGCGCGCCUCCUUCUGUGCGGCCGCCCCGCCCCCCGCGCGCGGAAAGCCCCAGUGGCUCCUCCCACCCCCGAGGGGCUUUCUCCUGCCUCCAGUGACUUUAGUCUUCCAGCGCACGCUCGUUUCUGCUGGGCUGGUGCGCGCCGAGCACUGCUCUGCUGGGGCCGCAGGGGACAAGGGGCGGUGACCUCGGUGCGCGCCCGGCGUCCCCGUCUCCCGGCCUGCGCCCGGCCCCCGGCCCGCGUCCCGGCCGCCAGCAUGGUGUUGCUGGCCGGGCCCGGGCCGGAGGGCGGCGGGGCGCGCUGCGUGUCUCCGCAGCCGCCGUCGCCCCCGCGGGACGCAGAGGUCGGGGAGGACCCUGCUGACUACGAGGAGUACGAGGACUUCUCCCGUCUUCCCGACACCCGCAGCAUCGCUUCAGACGACUCCUUCUACCCUCCUGGAGGCGAGGAGGAGUACGGCGCCGAGAGCGCAGAAAGCGUCCCGGAGGGCGUCCCGGAGGCGGCGACCCUCCUCCGCGCCGCCUGCGCCAACGACGUGGGGCUGCUGAAGGCGCUGGUGCGGCGGGGACCGAGCGCCGAGGAGGUGCAGGAGACAGACCGCAACGGCCGGACCGGCCUUAUUGUCGCCUGCUACCACGGCUUUGUGGAUACCGUGGUGGUCUUAGCAGAGUGCCCCCACGUUGACGUCAACUGGCAGGACAGCGAGGGGAACACGGCCCUAAUCACGGCUGCGCAGGCAGGGCACGCCACCAUCACCAACUACUUGUUGAACUAUUUCCCUGGUCUGGACCUUGAAAGGAGGAAUGCGUGGGGCUUCACGGCCCUGAUGAAAGCUGCCAUGCAGGGCCGCACGGAGUGCAUCCGAGCCCUGAUGCUAGCAGGAGCAGAUGUCCAUGCCAGGGACUCCCGCCGCGGGAUGUCACCCCAGGAGUGGGCUGCUUACACGGGACGUUUUGAGGCGGUUCGCCUCAUCCAGAGGCUGCUGGACCGACCCUGCCCGGAGCAGUUUGGGGAAAAGUAUAAGCCAGAGCUGCCGCUGGCCUCCGAGGCAGCUCUGAAGUCCGCGGGCUCCAAAAACUGCCUGCAGAGGCUCACCGAAUUUGUGCGGUCCACGCUGACCUCCCGCUCGCGCCAGAGCCUGGAGGAUGGAGGGGUCAUGGACCACAUGGUCAGGAUGACCACGAGCCUCUACAGCCCCGCCGUGGCCAUCGCCUGUCAGACCGUCUGCCCCGAGAACCCGCCUUGUGUGGGGAAAAGGCGGCUGGCAGUGCAGGAAAUCCUGCAGGCUCAGGGGGACCCGGACACGCAUGCCCAGAAGGACGAGGUGGAGGGCACCGAGCAGCAAUUCCGGACCUCCCCGGCACUGGGGGUCUCCAGAGAGGGGACCCCGAAAGCCAGCCUCCCGUCUCUCCAGCUGCGAAGUGCCCCGCGGAAGGCCAGCCUCUUGCCCCUGCAGCUGCUGAGGCGGAGCAGCGUGCGGCCGGGCGUGGUCAUCCCUAGGGUGCGCAUCAGCAAGGCGCCCGCGCCCACCUUCCAGCCCGAGCGGCCUGCCGCGAAGGGCAGCACCAAGGACAGCGCCCACCUGCAGCUGCCCAAGUGGCGGUACAAGGAGAUCAAGGAGGAAAAGAGGAAGGCGGAAGAGGCGGAGAAGCAGCGGCUGGCAGAGGCGCAGAAGCAAAGGCGGGCCCCGCGCUGGAGGAAAAGGACGUGAGGGGGUCCGCCGCCCAGAAGGCGUGUCCGGAGCGGGGGAGCCGGAUGCCGAGCCUGGGAGGGACGCGCUGCGCCCCGGGUCCCGGGGAGAUGGCGGGAAAGCCGCGCGUGCUCCGCGCCAGGAAGCAUGCGCCUUCCUCCAGCCCUCGUCCCCUUCCGCGCCGCACAUCCCCGCGCCGAUAGGCCUCUGCGGGGGCCCAGAAAGCGGUGCAUGUUUGUUCAGGCUGCACCCAAGAGUGAAUUGGGCAUAGCACAAAUCAAUUUGCCUAAAACCAGUUCUCCUAGCAAUCAAUGCACCUAGUAGGCAAUUUGCCGAAAACGCUACCUUUAGAACCUCAACCUCAAAUUCUUAAGACCAAUUUAUCGAAGGGCAUUUUGUGUAUAAUUUUGUAUUUUUAAUCAUUAUCAAAUUUGCAGCAUUUUAUGGGGGAUGGGGCUCUUUGUAUUUAAGACGGUUUUAAUACAUUUGUCUGAAGACCCUUUGUUUAAAAUACCGUUUCUAGCAAUAAUUAUUUGUGAUAUCUCUGAUUUCAUACAGAAUUUGUGGACUUCUCCCCCUUUUUGCUGUUUAUUUUGGAUUUUGCCUUUCCUUCUCAACGUGGGUGCACGUGAGCACUGUAUGAUCUUAAUAAUUUGAGAAGUGAUGCCGAACGUUACCAUUCGAUGGAGGCAUUUACUUUUACAGGAAAAUGAUCAAGACAGAGAGAUCAUAUUUUCUUGCAUCUUAUUUCUUAAUCUCUCUUAUCCAAUAAUAAUAACGAAGAAAAAUCUCUUGUCAAAGUAUGAAAUGGUGCCUAAAGAAGCAUGUACUUAUUGCUAGAACUAAACCCGUUUUAAGCAAGGGAUUUUAGAUAAACUGGAUACAGUGUCUUUAACAUGUUCAAAAAUAGACAUGAGAAAAAAUUAUUUAAUAAUAUAGGGGCAAAUCUAAUCAAUUAUUAUUAGAAAUACAAAAUUAAGUCAUAUGUGCUCUUAGAUAAAUUGAAUUCAUAAAUACUUAAAAUGGAAAAAAGAUGCAAAAAGAAUAAGAAGCCCAGAACUAUGCAAACUACGAAAUGGGGCGGGGGGUAAUUUUUAGAGGAACAGGGAUUAGAAUUGAAUAUUAAACUUGUUUUAGGCAAAUUCUCCUGAAGGGGGCUGGGCAGCUUCCUCCUCCAGGCUCAAUUCCAAAGAUUUCCUGCUCUGGAAUUACUUUUAUUUUUUCCCUGGAUGACUGCCGCUGAUGUUCAGUUCAUCCUCAUGUGGACUUUGUGGAAUUUCCAACAUGUGGGUCUUUGGCAAAGAACGCAUGGAAUUUGCCCUGGGCCCCAAGCUCUCCGCGGGAGUUUUCUGUCGGUACUCUUUUGUCUCCAGAGCACUGAGAAAUUCGAACGAAUCUCUGGCCAUCUGGGUUGCAGAGUAUCUGUCACAUAUGCACUACUGACAGCACUUUAUUUAAAUAUUAUCCUACUUGGAAGCCAUAGAUUUAGAAUAUUAGAGACUGAUUUGGAAGCUCUUUAUUAUAACCCUGGAUUCUCAGGUCGUAUCGUGCUCCCUGGCUGUGCCCCACUGUCUCAUGGUGUGGGUGGGGGUGGCGCUUGCUUCUCCCUCUUUCCCCCCACUGGCACCAUCAGGCAUUGAGCAAUCAGGACUCACACUCACUCUCCAGAAACCUCAAUACACAAGCCGUCAGCUGCACCUGGACUGAUGGGAGAUAGCUGUGAUGAUAAUGCAGCUUUGAAAGCCAGACUUCAGUGAGUUCCUCCCCCAUCCCAGGAAGGCACCAGAGUGGCACAGAGGUGUGGGCCCACCUGGAGCAUCACUGAUGCUAGCGGGCUGUGAGCCAUCCUGUGCGGAAGAGUUGGUGUUGGCCACGCCCCCUUGCAUGAGCUGAAGGCUGCUGCCCGAGGUGGAGAGAGACACCCCUCAUCUCCCUGACAGUCCAAUCGGGCAUCCUUUGAGAUCAUUUUCUGUGUUUAUGUAUUUUAUUGCUUUGGAUGGCUGGCUGUGUUUUCUCACUGAGGUGUCACCCUCUGCUCCUCUCCUCCAGUGUCAUUUGGGGGCAGGGGCACUGAUGGGCAGUGACCCCCUUCUGCUCUCCAUGUGGCCCUCAACUUUGCCACCACAUGCAUUCCCUGCCAUCCCCUUCACCUCCUCUCUUCUUCCUUGCUUGCCUUUUCUUCCUUUGUCUUUUUUCUUCUUAGAUUUGGCUAAAUGCCUUGAUCCUCUCUGCCACGACUACGCUGAGGUCUAAAAAGAGCAGGAAAGCAAGGACAUCAUGAGAGGCGAUGUGGCAUCUCUGCUGGAUUGUCAUGUCAUGACCUCCAAGCGCCAAAGUGUGAACGAACGGCAGGUUUCGCCAGCUUCUGUGCAGGUGGCUUAGAAUUUUGGCACAGCCCCCUCCCCCCCACCUUCUUUUUGGAGGGAGGGAGACCUAGUUUGCUCUCCUGACAGAUGACAGCACUGCCCUGAUCUUCAGAGCCGGAGGAUCUGGCGUCUGCUAGUACCCCUGAUGUUUAUUAACUGUAAAUAGUGAAUUUCAAGUUGACAGGUACCUUCUCAGGGAUUUAUAUAUAAAUAUAGUUAGAGGAAAAGUUGAAGUAUAUUUUAAUACUUUUUAGUGUUUGAGUGAAUUACGAUUAAACUAGACAGAAGAAAUGUUUCUAAGACAAUGUCAGUGCUGCUGUUUUCCAGGGAGAUGCCCGGGAAUCCCCGCUCAGCUGAGCUUUCCUGGUUAUUGGAAACCUGGGACUCUGGCAGCUGAAAUGGCUUUGGGGUGGGUGUGAAGUCACUUCACAGCCUCUCAGUUGCCUCUUGUGGAUGUGAACUCUUGUAUUUAAAGAAAAUUCAAUUUCUAUGUAAGUAAUGGCGGCUGUGAUGACACAGAUGGGCCAUCUGUGGCCUUUAUCUCUAGAACCGGCUGCUCCUGGUCUGAUACUGGGGUGUGUGGUGUGAGACUGAUGCAGUUUUUUCUGCUAGCUCAUGUGAGUGUUCCAUGGCCAGCCCAGUGCUAAGCUCACUGCCGCAAGGGGGAGGGAGAAGCUGGGAGCAGUCCGUCUGGAAUGACCUUGGCGUUCAGAGGCCAUACACUUCUCAUGUCUUUGGUACAGUAGAAAAAGGCAGCACAUGACAUUAUGGACCUUUACUUUUUCUGAAGCUCCUCCCAACGGGCUGCUGCCAGGAGUAGAUACCUCAGGAAUAUGAAGAUGGGAAAUUGCAAUACCUUCGUCACCGCAACUUUGGGCACUCCUGAGACUUGAGGCUCAUUCUUCGGAGAAGGAUAGAGAGAUUUCACGAUGUCAGUUGGAAAAUGGCACUUGUGGGUGCAGAGGAGCCAUUCCAGGCUGCCUCACCCACUUUCUUCUGUUGUCACUGGGUGACCAGGUCUCUGGAAGUCCAGCCUCUGAGUGGAGACGAGGCUAUUUUCUGUAAAACUGAAUUCUAUGAGGUGGGCCAGACCCUGGUCCUGAGAUAGAUGCAAAGCCUGCUGUCCCCAAGGAAGAAACAUGGGUACCAAGUCAUUAUGAAGAAAAGCAUCCCUGAGAGGUAAAUAAUGAGCCAGGACUGAGAAGUGGGUGUGAUUUGUCUCUUGCAGCCUCUGGAAGGAGCACUGUAUUUUUCUCCCUAGUCCACACUACACUAAGAGAGGAGCCCAUCUUUUCAUAAUUUACCUGUUUGCUCUGCCAAGUGAGUUAUAGCCCUGAUGCAAGUCAGGUGUUAGUCUCUCCCCUGGCUUCACCUGGAGAUUCAUGCUUGCUCAUUUUCCAUUCUAAUGCAGUGCGGUUAUUCCCUGUAGAAUUACGAUUUAUCAUGAACUAGCGUAAGCUCCUAGUCACAAUCAGUCUUUUGUAUGGUAAAGUACUAGCACUUUUUCUUUUUUACAGUAUUUGGGGAAAUUCUAACAUGCUACCCACAUAUUCGCUUGUGACCCUUUUUGUCCCAUUGCGGGUAACUUUGGAUUCUGCACCAAAGGCUGUGUUCAGGGUCCUGUUCCUGUGUGCCUGGUCCUUGGUGCCCAUGGCUGCAGGCUCAGGCUCGCCCCCCUCAGCCGGGCAACUGCCUGGAGGACCAGGGUCUUCUAGGGAAGAAAAGGCAGAAGAUCGAUCACAACCGAUCCUUGUGAAACAACAAAGUCACAUUCAAGACAACUGAAACUGGGUAACCAAUCGUUGCAGCGGAGUGCAAAGAACUUACAACCAAAACGGUUCUUCCUAAAACGCUGACUGCUGACUUGGUAAUUUCACACCUCUCGAUGCAUUUGGAACUUGUUUCAUAUGUCUGUAUAACUCUUGAGUCAGCUACUCAUUUCUGUGCCCUUGAAUUCACAUGUUUCUUCAUUAACAUUUAAAAUAAGUAGCUAAAAAACAAAAUAAAUUCCUCUGGAGGUUGUUUUUUUGAAAGAAAAAAAAAACCCCACCUCUACUUGGAUGGAUUUAACUAAUUUUUGAGGGACUCAGUUGAAUGCCAGCUCUGCGUACAUAGUUUCUGCACUCUGACCCAGCCUGGAAAAAGACUGAUGUGAAAGCUAUGGUCCUGCAGUGCUCUGACAGUCCUCAGCAGCAAGCUGGGCCAACGUGGACAGUGUGUGAUAAGGUGUGAGUCAGCACACACACAUGUGCAUGCACACACACACAAAUGAACUGAAAGGAGACCAGGCUUUGUGCUCACAAUGGUGACUGCAGCUGUGGCUUUGCUGUGGCUCCCAGGGAAUGUCAGGUGUGACCUGCUUUGAUGGUGUGUUUUCUGGAGGACUGGACAACCCAAGACCCACUGGGAGUACUCUGUCCAGUGUGACAUGUCACUCAGCUAGCGUGUCAUAACCCAGGUCACCUUACUGAAUGGUAGUGUUGGCCCAGGCGCUCCUAUAGGAGCUCCUCAGCGAGGUCCUACAGCUGGAUCUGUGUCAUCUCUCUGCCUUUGAUGUGCAUCCUUGGCAUGGAGUGGCCCAAACCCGGAGAGGACUCUCUGCUUGGGGACUCCACCUUGGCCACAGAGUCGGGGCUGAAUCCCCUGAAGUUUGGCACUGAAUUAACCGUAGAAUCAAGAUCUUACCCUGAGGAAGUGCUGGGAUUUUCCCGAACCUGCCUAAGUAGAACAUACUCUAAUUAAGCUAAGCAAACACAGUUUGGUUUUGGGGAGAAAUCGUUUCAUCAAAAUGUGACACCUUUAUAUUGUUUUUAAAUAAAAAUAUAGGAGAGAGAAAAAUGAAGCUGGCCUUCCCAGGUAGAGCAGUGGCCUGUGUUGACCUGACGCUUUAUGAAGUUUUGGGAGGUCAUAUUGAAGCACUUUAACACUAGUUUUUGAGCAGAAGCUCUAGAAGCUGGUUUGGAACUGCACAGUCAUGUAGAACUUGAUAAAAACCAUGAAAGAUGCUGUAAACUUGGAAAUGUUACCAGCAACCCUUUGAGCCUUUGGGACAUCCUAAGGAAUUUGAAUCAUAUAUCCCAUUCAAAUGAACGGAAAAAGCUAAUCUCAUUGAAAUUCUCUUCAUUCAAAUCAUUCUGCCUGGCAUUUAUUGAGCGUCCAAGGAUGUGUGUUAACAGUGGGGACUUUAUGAUGGUCUAAGAGUUGCACAGAUUUCUGCACAGGGAGCCAGGUUUCAAAUUAUGUCAUCUUGGUAUAAGCUCUGUUUUCUGAAUGUAAAGCUAUUUUCAUUGUCAUUUCUAAAAAUCCGGUAGGUUUCUGGAUAUUGUAAAAAUGUUGAAUACAGAUAUAAUUGUGUAAAUUUCAUACUGUUUUAUUUUGAGGUGAGAGUUUUGUUACAGUUUAUAAAAGACAUUUUCCUAUUUAGACCUCAGGGCUAUUUUGGGACCUCCAAAUAAAGGUGACCCCCAGCAGCAUCAAUUCUUGAUCUGCAAAAGGUUAAUCUUUAAGUUAAAUAUGAUAAAUUAUUCAGCAGAAACAAUGUGUCUUUCCCUUUUAAGUUCUGACAAAUUCUGUAAUGUUUAAAAAGUAUAGAAAAAAAGGUGUGGUAAUGUAAAAAUGUGGGGAAAUUGUGGCUAAAUAAUUAAAAAUCACUCAUGAAAUAAACAUUCUUAUGGUACAAUA